ACCUCAGGAGCUCUGUCUUUUCUUUCCAUCUCUCGGAGUUGUGUGUCUCAGUGAAGAUGUUGAGAAGAGCUUCAGCACAGAUCUUCAGACAAAUGGUCCGACACAUGAGUACGCAGAGCACCUUCAGCUUGGAGAGAUCGAUUAACCGUGUGCAGCUGUUGGGUCGAGUAGGUCAGGAACCCGUCAUGAGACAGGCAGAUGGUCGUAACCCUGUCACAAUCUUCUCAAUAGCUACAAAUGAGAUGUGGAGAACUGGAGAGACUGAGGGGAACACUGCAGGAGACAUCAGUCAGAAGACGACGUGGCAUCGUGUGUCAGUGUUUAAACCCGGUUUGAGAGACGUGGCCUAUCAGUACAUCCACAAAGGGUCCAGGAUUCUGGUGGAAGGGAAACUGGAUUAUGGCGAGUAUGUGGACAAGAACCAAGUCAGACGCCAGGCGACAACCAUCAUAGCAGACAACAUUAUCUUCCUGAGUGACAACAUCAAAGAAAGAACCUGAAGGACCUUUUCCUCCACGUCCAACUCCACUUUAUUUUAUUUUUUUAUACCAUCAUAUUCCACCAUUUCCACUGAAGUCACCAAAGACACGAACUGACUGGAUCCACUGCAAGCCAACGCUGCUCAUGUGUGACUGUAGCGCCACCUCCUGGUGGAGACUGUAGAAAAAGACAACCUGUAGAAUAAAAGCUUUGUGUUUUGUUUUGUUUUUUUGUACAGAAAAGUUACAUAGCUGUUUGUCGAUGUUCAGGUCUGAGAAUAAAGUGGAAAAUAUUGAUCCUUUCUGAAACAUCAUAGUUCUGAGAAUUUGAACAUAUUAAGAUAAACACUGUCACUUGGCAGACUCUAGUUUUUUAAAGUCAGGGUUUUUUUUAAUACAGUGGCUUGCAAAAGUAUUCAGCCCCUUGGUAUUUCAUGGAUUUUAAUUUAUGGCAUUUCAAAUACAAAAAGUAAA